AUGCACAUAUUUUCUUGUAAAUAUUUCCCCGCUUCUAUAGAACCGCCAAAAGAUGAUGAUAGUCAAAUCAAUAUGAUAGAGUAUUUCAAGGCUGCCUUGCACACAUUUGCAUUGAAUAGCACUAAUAGUAUGGGUAGUUUACGAUGCAUUCUUUGGUUGACGAUAAAAUUAAAAAAUGACGUGGAAUACAUUCCGAAUGACGAUGGCCGAAUCAUCUCAUCACCAUUAGAAGAUAAUGAAUUCUGUGAAGCUAUAAUACGACAAGAAAAUAAGAAAUUAAUACGAUUCACACUGCCAAAACCUGAAAAUUCUGAUAA